CCGACAGGAAAUGUCUAAGGGGGAGGGGCGAGUGAUGCUCUGCUGCAGGUCUGCUCAACUGAACUGGGGUAACUAAUUCCACCAUCAAGCUAGUUCGCAGCUGUACGAUGCGCUCACCUACAACAGAAGAUGGACUAGCUGCAUCCGAGUUUCCCCGCUUCACUGUCUGGACAUUCGCGUUCGGGCCCGGUUUCUUGUGGUUGUAAUUGGCCUCUCCAUCCAUGCGGGCCGCUGUGCCGUUGUGGGGAGUUUGAGCUCUGAGUGGCGGGCAAGCUCAGUCAACCAGAUCGCAGGGACAACACGGCUGAAUCACCGCAGAGUAGCGGCAUGGUGGUCCCUGAGCCUGAUAAUGGCAGGCCCACCGGCCUCACGGAGAGCUCCGACCCCGUCUGUGAAGAGGCCGGGGACAGGGGUCAGGACCUGGCUGGAGUGGAGCUGGAGGAGGUCCGAAAGCUGCAAGAGCUCGUUCGCAGAUUGGAGGUCCAGAAUGAGACGCUGCGCAACAGGGGAGCCAAGACUGUUAUCCCCAGAGGAGCCAACAGCAACCUGAGUGCUGCUAACAAUAUCAACAAGAGGCUGACCUGUAAUCAGCUCAGGCUGGACCACAGUGGGGAACUGAGUAGCACAGACUGCAAGCUGUCACCCUCUCAGGACAACAACAGCAGCAGUGGGGAAGACAUGUCCCCUUUGCCCGCGAUCAACAGGCUGGAGGAUGAGGAGGAGAGGGUGGAAGAGGAAGAUCUGGGUCCGUGCGGGGGCUUUCUCUCUCUGACAUGUAGAAAUGGCAGCGAACGGUCUCAGGGGCAGAGCCAGACCCCUGAGAGCCCAUCUCAGGAGAGCUACGAGUCAGAGACACUCACAGAGAGUGACUCAGGUGUGGACCAGACUGCACUGGAUGAGGUGGAUGUCCUGGAUUUGGAAGACGAGUGUGCUGAGGUAGAGGACGAGGACAGUUGGUUGUAUGUUUCUCCUAGAAAGCAAGUGGCAGAGCAAUGUCCAGACUCGCCGCUGAAGUGGUGUCGGCAGGCCCUCGAUCAUCGCAGCCCGGAAACAGAAAUGGCUUGCCGGACUUUGAUCAAUUGUUUGGACCAGACGUCUCGAUGGAGAAACAUGUACUGCAGCCCGUCAGAGGCAGGCUCGGCCAGCUCUGGCCUGAUCUCUCCUGGGUACCACAAAUCGACUAACAAACCCGUACUAACCUGUGGCAGCUCAGUUGUCCCAAGCAUGCAUUCAGCCCUGAGCUCUCAGUCCUCUAUAGACAGCGAGCUCAGCACCUCAGAUGACUCCAUUUCUAUGGGCUACAAGCUACAGGAUCUCACUGAUGUGCAGAUCAUGGCUCGUCUACAGGAAGAGAGUCUGAGGCAGGAUUAUGCUUCCAGCUCAGCUUCUGCGUCUCGCCGCAGCUCCACAACGUCUCUGCAGUCCCUGCGCCGUGGCGGUACAUACAGUGACCAGGAGUUUGACACUUACAGCUUGGAGGAUGAAGAGGACGACCUCUCAUCUGCUCCCCAGCGGCGACAUCGCUUCACCCCGUCGCCUCUAGGUUCACCUCGCUGCCUCUCUCCCUCCACCUCCAACCACGGGCAGGAGUACAGCAGUCGACUCGGGGCUCCGCGCACAAGAACACCCAGACGGUCCCUUCAGGGUCCCAGCGCAGAUCUGCUCAAAUUUGCUAAGAGUGAAGAGGAAUUGAGACACAGCAUGCCUAACCUGGCCCCCCGUACCAGCCUACGCUCCCUGGAAGCAGUCAGAAACAGCCGCAGCAUGGAGGCUAACCUCCAGAGCUCUGGCAACCGCAUGUCCCACCUGACUCGCUCCCCCUCCACAGGUAUGGCUUGUAGUCGUCUACGCAGCAACGGUCAGUCUCCACUCACGUUGCGAACUCCCGUCAAAGCCGUCAACCCGGUGGGCUCCAUGUCAGCUGGUCGUCAGUCUCCUAGAGGUCUCCCAGUUAUCCAGUCGCUUCCCACAACAGGGGGUCGCAGGGUCCAGUCUCCGGGAUCCGUGAAUGGGGGAGGCUGCAUACCUGGGAGGGCCUCGUUUGGGGGAGGACGGCCUGUGGUGGGACGGGCUCAGGCUGUGUCAUCCGUUUCCACCAGAAGCAAACUCUCACAGCCUCCCAGGAGGUCUUUAGGCAUGGCUAAAAUCUCAGAUGAAUCCUGGAAAGAUGGUUGCUACUAACCUCUGCCUGUCCUUGAUGCUGGAACAUUGACCUGAUUUCCCCUCAUCUAAAGAAACAGAACCUCUCAGACCCUCAUUUUAGGCUGGAUCUCUGGACUGCACUGGAUUUGUAGUUUAUCUCUUCCUUCGCAUGAUACAUUGUCAACCCACACACAGACACAAAGAGAGGAUGUGUAGGAAGACGAGGAGCUGCAAAUGCACACUCCGUUAGUUACGUGGACCAACUGUGGAUUUCCUAAAAUAUAUAUAAAUAUAUAUGUUUGUGUCAAUUUGACAUAUUUUUCUAUGGUGAUUUUGAGAAGCUGUUGGAAUUUUAGGGGUUGUAUUUCUGCACUGUUGCUGUAAUUGAUAUGAAGACAAAAUAAAUGAAGAUAUUGCUGGUUUGUACGUUUGAAUAACUAGAUAAAAGUACAGAGCGUUGCAUGCUGGGUUUUGUUGUUUUCCCCUUGCUCCAUAGCCUUCUCAUCAUUGUCUUAACUGCAAUAUGACAAAUCUAUGUGUUCCAACAAUGAUCUGUGGAGACUUACAAAUGUGUGAGUGACUCAUUGUGAAUUGUGUUGUGUUUGUGUUCUGCUACAUGCCUACACAGCAGUGCAACUCUUGUAAACCACACUGCCCUUAUUAAUUAUAUCUGGGGGGAAAAAAAGAAAUAUAGUUUGUGCCAAGGUGCAUUACAGCUGCAACUCUUUAAUUCUGUAAGUAAUUUUAAACAAUUGAAGGUACUGAACACGACUGAACUUCACAGGCAUUUUUACUGCAUCUCUGAAGGUAGAUUGAAGACCUGCUUUUUGUAAAACACUGUAUUAAAGGAAGUGGUUAUGCACAGAGGCCUUGUGCCUUGGUCAGCUAUGCACCCUCAUGAAGAGUGCCUCUGAAAUUUAGGAACUGUGAUGAAACAAAAUAAAGUUUACCCUGAAGCAGUAA